GAAAACAAACAGAUCAUAUCUAGAACCUCCUCCCAUAAUUCUGUCUGUUUAUGGUGGGAAUAACCUGUGGAGGAACCAACGUUUUGCUGAGUUUCUGUUUACGGGGAAAAGCUGAAAGGUUGCGCUCGACGUGGAUGAACAUCUUAACGGCGCGCCACACCUUCAGGACGAGGAUAAAUGAGAACCUGAGGAGGUUCAUCCACCGAGACGCCAACCAGCCGCAGGAUGAGUUCUGCUCAGAGUCUGGAGGACAAACUGGAGGCCCUGCAGAGCCACUUCACCUGGGAGCUCCAGCUCAGGCGGCCCAACCUUUCCUGUGAACUGAACAUCCUGCAGGACAUCGGUUCAGAUGAGGGAAACGUCUGGCUGGGUCACAUCUACAACCUGCUGGGCUUCAUCCAGUACAAACUGGGCUCUAGUAAAGACGCCCUGAACCUCUUCAACCGGGCCGCUGAGACCUUCCAGAGGCAGAAAAACGCUGAUGAAGGUCCCUGGUUGAUGGUGAACUUUGGGAAUCUGGCCUGGCUGCACCAUCUCCUGGGAGAAGAUGAGAAGAGUGAAGACUACCUGUCAAAGGUCGACGGUCUGAUGAGGAAAUACCCAGCUCCACCUGGGUUAGAGCGCCACCCAGAGGUCUUAGCUGAACAGGCCUGGACCCUGAUGAUGUUUGAUAAAGAGAAGCAGCAGCAGGCUGCAGAGCUCUUCCAGAGAGCCAUCCAGAUGCAGCCAGACAUCGUGGAGUGGCAGAGCAGCUACGCCAUACUGACAGCAGAAAAUCUAGAUGAAAAAAUAAAGAAACUGUUCGCUGACCGGCUGGAAGAGCUGAGAUCAGCCAAAGAACGAGAUCCAGGUAACUUAUGCAUUGCUGCUCUUUAUCUAGAGGCCAAAGCUGCUUCAAUUAAGCAUGAAGCAAGAGAGUUGGCUGAAAAGAUCCUAGAGAGGCCGAUGAACAACUACUGUGGGAUCGAUCCACUACUGAGUCUCUACAGAAAGCACAUCUCUGUAAAUGAAGCUGUUGAAAUAGCCACGGAGGCUCUGAGGAGACAUCCUGACUCCCGAUACGUGAAAAGGUCGGCUGCAAAAUGCUACAGCAGUAAGAUUUUAUCUCAUUGCACCAACCCUGAUCCCAGAAGGAUCAAAGAAGCAAUCAGUCUGUGGGAGGAAGUGGUUGCUGCUUAUCCUGAAUCCUCCCUUCAAGAAAAAAUAACUCUAGCAGACUUACAGGCAAAGCGAGACAAAGAGAAAGCUGGCCAGAUUUACAAAGAGCUGCUGGAACAAAGAGAAGAUCUGGAUCCAGCAGGAAAACAGAUGCUGUACAACUUCUACGCCAAACAUUUAUACUUCAGUGGAAAUGAGACGUGCAGGUCCAUCGAGUAUCACAUGAAGGCAGCAGAGAUCCAGGAAACAUCCAAGUAUCGACAGAAGAGCCUCAGAGAGCUGGAGAAGACCCUGAAGAGAAACACAGACCCUGAAAUGUGCCAAGAAAUUAAGGAGUUUUUGGAAAACCUGAACAUUCAAGCGUCAGAAUCAGUCAGUCAGGAUUAGUUUUAAUGCUUCAGUUGCAUCACAUUAUUGGGAUGUAAAUAUCAGCUUUAUAAACCACAUGAAGGUUUGCUCUGUUAUGUACAGCACAACACGCCAAGCAUGCUGCUCAUCCUGAAUCCUCCCUUCAAGAAACUUUAACUCCAGCAGAUUCACAGGCAAAGAGACAAUGUAACGGUUUAUUUUAAUAACAGAAACAUUUUAUAUCUCACUUGUGAUUUUAUUUAUUAGCUUCAGAUGACUAUGUGUUACUGUUUAAUGUGGUUAAAAUCCUUGAAAGAACCUGAUGGAUCCAAAACUAUGAAUGUUUCUGCCUCCAAAUCAAAUCAAAUACAUACAUUUAUUUAUUCAAAUCACAGAAUUACAUCAUCAGGAAGUUUUAUUGUGAGAUAUUAACAAUUAGCUAUGCUAAAGCAUUUAUUUUGGGAAAGACUUUCCACUUGUAAUGUCCUAAUAGCAAGCUAAUUUUUCUUUUAGCGCUUUAGCAUUAGCAGGAUAACUGAGGCGUUUUGUGUUUGUCUACAGCAGGAAAAAAGCUGCUUCUUCCUGUUGGAACAAAGAUGGUAAAUAAUGAACAUUAUUAUAAAUGAUGAAUAUGUUCAACAUUGUUGUAAAAUAAAGAAUUGCAACCCUAA